AUGGGGCAGGGGGGCUGGAAGGGGUUCUGCCUGUCACUGUUUGACUACAAGACGGAAAAGUAUGUCAUCGCCAAGAACAAGAAGGUGGGCCUGCUCUACCGGCUGCUGCAGCUCUCCAUCCUACUGUACUUGGUGCUAUGGGUGUUUGUGGUGAAGAAGGGCUACCAGGACACAGACACCUCCCUGCAGAGUGCUGUCAUCACAAAGGUCAAGGGCGUGGCCUUCACCAACACCUCAGAGCUGGGAGAGCGGCUGUGGGACGUGGCUGACUAUGUCAUCCCACCCCAGGGAGAAAGUGUCUUCUUCGUGGUGACCAACCUGAUUGUGACCCCCAAUCAGCGGCAGAACGUCUGUGCUGAGAGUGAAGGCAUCCCUAAUUCCGAGUGCUCUGAGGACAGUGACUGUCCCUCUGGAGAGGCAGUUGUCACUGGAAAUGGAGUGAAGACUGGCCGCUGUCUGCGGGCGGGGAGCACUGGGAAGGGCACCUGUGAGAUCUUCGCCUGGUGCCCAGUGCAGGACAAGUCCCAGCCUGCGAAGCUGAUCCUGAGUGAGGCUGAAGAAUUCACCAUUUACAUCAAGAACUCCAUCCGAUUCCCCAGAUUCAACUUCUCCAAGACAAACGUGCUGGACACACAGAACAGAUCUUACCUGAAGACAUGUCGCUUUGACUUCACCAAUGUGUACUGCCCCAUCUUCCGACUGGGCUCCGUGGUCCGCUGGGCCGGAAGCAACUUCCAAGAGCUGGCCCCGAAGGGCGGUGUGAUAGGAAUUCAGAUUGAAUGGGACUGUGAUCUUGAUAAGACUCCCUCUGAAUGCAACCCUCACUAUUCUUUUAGCCGUCUGGACAACACAUUUGAGUCUGUUGCCUCUGGGUACAACUUCAGAUUUGCCAAAUAUUACCGAGAUGCAGCUGGGGUAGAAUUCCGCACCCUGAUGAAAGCCUAUGGGAUCCGCUUUGACGUGAUGGUGAAUGGCAAGGGUGCUUUCUUCUGUGACCUGGUCCUCAUCUACCUUAUCAAGAAGAGCCACUUUUACCGUGGCAAGAAGUAUGAAGAAGUAAGGUCAGUGAGACUUCCUGCUCGUCAGCGGCCAGAGGAAAAUUCUGGGAUGUUCCCUCAGGGACGGGAGGUCCAUGCCCCGCUGGCGCUGGCGGAGGACCAGCUGAUCGAGGGUCGGAGGCAGUGCUGGGGCUGGGAGGACAAGGAACAGGCGUGGCCAGGCCCAAGAGCGGAGGAUCCUGAUGAGCAGAGCCCCCGAGCGGAACCUGAGGGGGAGCAGCUGGGGCUGCCUGAGCGGCCAGAGGUGCAGGAUGCCAGCAAUGGCCCAAAGGUGGACGGCUGUGUGUGUCAGCAGCUCGUCGACGGCUGUGCCCAGCCCACCAGCUCUGGCCACCUGGGGAAGGGAGAUGUGACUGUGGAGCAGCUGUAG